AUAACGUCAUGACGUUUGGGAAAAUUUAACAAAUUAUACAUUUUAGCCAUUCCUUUGGAUGAGCUUUUCGUUAACAAUUCGUUGUGACAUUUGCACAAGAAAAAUUCAAAAUUUGCCGUUAUAAUGCUGAAAAGACCUGUGUUAGUUCAUAGGUGCCUUCAGACAUCUGUUAAAAGGUUCUACCACCUGAAUGUCCUUGAACACUUAGGAAAUAAAGUAAUUUACAAGCCGUUAAGCCAGCCCAGUCAAAAGCCUAAGAAAAUUGAAGACGGCUCUAUCGGAGUGAUUCAAAUCAUCAAGAACGAAUACAAUGCACUCACCAACCCCAUGCACCGAAGAUUCCUGGACGAUCUGGAGGAGCAGAAAGACCAGAGGAAUAAUUUAAACCGGUCGUUAAAGGAAAAAAAGGGUGACGAUCUCCAAAAGAUGGCAAAAGGUUGCCAGAAGCUAGUCAAAGAGAUCACAAUGAAAGGUAAUGAUGGCGAUGCUAAGAAGCUUUGCAAGGAACUAGCCCAAAAAGAGAAGAGCGACAAGGAAAAAAUAAAGAAAAGGUGUCGGGAACUAGCAGCAAAAGAAAAAUGUGAAAAGGAUAAGCUGAAAAAGCAGUGCAAGGAGUUGCUGGAAAAAGGGAAGUGCAAGAAAAAAGAGACUUGCGAAGAAGAAGAGGAAGAAGAGGAAGAAGAUCCUUGCGUGAAAUGCUGUUGCCCAAAAAAACGCAAGAAAGUUGACCCCUGCAAGAAAAAAGAUCCUUGCAAAAAAGAGGAUCCGUGCAAGAAGAAGACUGUGGACUGGAAGAAAAAGUGCAUGGAAGUAGCCAAGAGGGAACAAUGCAAAAAACUGGCCGAGAAGAAAAAGUUCAAGAAAAUGAUAAAGAUGUGCAAAAUGCAAGCCGAAAAGGACAAAUGCAGAAAAAUGGCCGAGAAAGAGAAAUGCAGGAAAAAGGCCAAAAAGGGAAAAAAGGACAAGUGAAUUAAAAAUUAAAUGACCGAUUGAAACUGGCGCGGACUCAUAACCAAAAUGAUCAAUUUUAAACCUUUUUAAUUAAAAUUGAAGUACGAUAUUUGUAAAUAAAAACAUUGCCAAUCUGGCUUUUCAGCUCUUUAA